UUCUGUCAUCAUUUCAGAUCUGUAUUAAUGUAUUCGUAUGUUUUGAUGAACACAUAAAGAUAUUUGGAAGAAUGCUUGUUCUUGGUCACCAUUGACUCCCAUAGUAGGAAAAAUUACAAUGGUAGUCAAAGAGUUUGCUUUCCUACAUUCUUCAAUAUAUCUUUUUUUGUAUUCAUCAGAAAAAAGUAAUUAAUAAAGACAUUUUUUGCCCAUGUUUGUUGCAAGCAAUCUUCCAAAUAUCUUUCUCCGUGUUAAUCAGAAUAAAGACAUUUACACAGAUUUGGAACAACUUGAGGGUGAGUAAACGAAGACAUAAUUUUCAUUUUUGGGUGAACUGUUCCUUUAAAACAGAUUUGUUUUGCAAGAUUUUGACUGGAGGUUUGUCGUCAUAUUUAGAUUUUCCCUUGACUUGUUGGGAACUAUGUUCAAAGCAAAUGGGAAUGUUUUGUUUAUUAUGAGGCCUUUUAAAUGUUAAUGAAACCAGCUACAUAUAAAAUAAAAGGUUAUAUUAAAUGUCUAAUGUUUUAAUAUUAAUACCAGCUGUCUGAAUACAUUUAAUUAAAUGUUUAAGUUGGUCCUUCGCAAUGUAACCAUUUAUUUCAAUCACUUAAAAUUUUGUUGAUCUUUCAUAAAGGACAGUAGUUUGCUGUAUCGUUGUAUAUACCAUAAACCUUUUUUUAACAAGAAUGCCACAUUUUAUUUUAUUUUUUCAACAAGAAAUACAUAGCAAAUGCAAAGUGUAUGUAGAAAUCCACAUUUAUUGGUUCUUUGAACUGAACACAUCCGCAUGAGGCAAAUGCCUCUGAGACUGACCACAUGAAGUUUCUGCAUGUAUAUCCACCCUCAUCCUUCACAUCCCACUAUAGGAUAACCUCACAUUUGCAUGCCUUGACUCCUCCCCUCCAUGCCUCUGGCCCCUCCCAUCCCGAAAUUCGAUUACGAAAACUGGUCGAUGAGAGGGAGAACUUGAUAGAGCAGGUUAAGCGAUUGAAAGAUCAACUCGAGAAGAAGAAACCACAGAAUGGUGAAGACUCGUCCAGUCCAGAUGGAGAUGUGCAGGAAAAUGGUUCCGACUCCAACAUGGAUAUACAGAGGGAUGCCGGCAGGCAAAUCAAUGACCUCAAAUUUAAGCUUGUCAAAUCAGAGCAAGAAAUCACAGCUCUGGAACAAAAUGUCAUAAGACUUGAGGGUCAAGUCUCCCGGUACAAAUCUGGAUGUGAAAAUGCAGAAAAGGUGGAAGAUGAACUCAAAGCUGAGAAACGCAAACUCCAGCGAGAGCUACGGUCUGCACUCGACAAGAUUGAAGAGUUGGACGCCAGUAACAGCCACCUUUCAAAAAGAAUGGAGAAGAUAAAAGCUGGUCGGGGAACAGCAACAACACCCUAGAUGUUUCAGAUCACCUCUGUGAUCUGUUGACCUCCACUGCCUGUCUGUUACCCAGCUGACAGCCACAAAAAGAGCUCGCUUUUUAACCUCAAAAACCGUCUUGCAUUUCACAAAGUUAUUAAGACUAUAAAAAAUAUGCAGUGAUAAUCCCAAUAUAUCCCACAACGGUGCCAAUCUUCCAGGUGUACAGGUUGCGAAUCCGGUCAAGACUUUCUGAAUGUUACAGAGGAAUUCUGAACGUGCCUCAUUAAAAAGGACAAACUGUAGUUCUAAAAAAACAUUAUAAAAUAGUAAUUGUCUUGUAAUGUUGCUUUGACAUGACUGAAUUUGUGUACGCUUAAUGCACCAGGCUGACAAAAAAUAUUUUAAGAAUUUAAGAGGUUAUACUAUUUAAGCCCAGCAGAUCACAAAAUGUUGUCCAGCACUACGAUAAUUUCCAAAGGAAAUUAAGAAAGGAGCAUAAAACAAGCCAGAGGAGUAUGUGUGAGUGUGAAAUACUUUGAAUUCACUUUCAUAAAUGUUUGAAAAACACUAGUUUACUAGAUCUCAUUGAUAAAGCCAAAGUUCUUAGAAUGAUACUAAUGUCCCACAGCUAACUUCUGCUGUCUGUGUUUAGAUCUGUCUACUGAAUGUUCUUUAGCAUUUCCUAAAUGUCAUGAAAGCUUUAUGAAGAUGCAGAUUACGUUUUUCCAGAAAAGCAGAAACUUUUGAUGUUGUUAAAUAUAUAAACCUCCAAGUGAUGAAUCCUAUUCUAUUUCUUGAAAGGCCAACCUCCAAGUGAUGAAUCCUAUUCUAUUUCUUGAAAGGCCCGUUUUGUUCAGACUAGUUAUGGGAAACUUUUUGUGAUCAAGGCGAAUAUUAUUAAAGACUCAUGAACACAAGCAACAUUUAGUAUCAUCACAUCCGGUCACAGGCUGCUUCACCUUGUUUACAAUGCAAUACUUUAAACCAUGAACUGUUAUCUGUGCAAUAAAAUGCUCAUUUUAAUUUAAA